CGGUGCAAAACUUUACGGCCUUUAAUUCCCCAUUUGAAUAACAUGUCCCAAAAGUCUCUUCCAUAUGUCGUAAAGUUUUGCUUUUGACUGUAUCAACAAUAUUGUCGCGAAGUUCUCCAUUUGUCUAUUGUAAUUAUAUAAUGGAACAUGGAUAAUAAUUAUGUAAAUAUGAAUGUAAGCAAUCAAUCAAUAAUGUACUGAUUAUGAUAAAUAUGUUCCCAUUUUCCAUAAUUAUUUUAAAAACCGAGUAGCAUUACUUAUGCGUCGCACAAAAUUUGUCCCAAAGUUGUGGGACAAGUUUUGUUCUUUGCAAGGAAAAAUGCAUCUACAUUUUUACAUGAACUUUUUGUGAAAAUAUCUACGCCAGCAGCUUGUUUUGCAAUCUGGAAAGCUGUCAUCAUAAUUCUAAGAAAUAAAUCUCCAUUAAGUAUGAUAUUGAAAUAAUAAAUACAUAUUUACAUACUUAGUACACACAUGUGACGUGUGAUUAGUAAAUAUAUACUAAGAAUUUUAAAAUUUCUGAGGUUUUUUACGAAAAACAAUAAAAAUCACUUUUUAGUACAUACAUAUUGGUUUGUUUGUGAAGAAAAAUAUCCAACUGCAUAUGUGGUGGCAAUUAAUUAAUUCUACACCAAACUAAAAUGAAUUAGCGGAAGCUAGUCACAUCUACGAAAAUUAAACCAGUUUAAUUUUGAAACAUGAGGUUGUCUGCCAUUAGCUUUGUAUGCAAAAAAAUCUCCUCUAGUAUAAAACAAGAUGUAUGUAUUUAUGUAAAUUAGGAUGGUGGAUAAGAUUAUUACCGUCCGGUUUAGGGACGCUUUGAAGAGAUCUACAUAUGUAUGUACAUAGGUAGUUGUUCACGUAGCCUGUUUAUCCGAACCUGUUUCUAUCUGCAAAACUGUUCCAUUAAUUCUAAUUAAUCAAGCUGGACGUUCCUCGCUGAUUUAUUAAAUAAUAAUCUCCUUGGACACAAAUGCAGUGCUAAAUAUAUUCUGUCUUGUCUUAAAAGCCUUGUAUCUUAAACUGGUAACGAGUGUAAUACGAUCUUAAUUGUAUAAUUUAUGCUAAUACUAUGAACAUAUGGGCACGUGUGUAUUUAAUUAUAUGUAGUAAAGCAACAUACAAAUGUAUGUAGGUUUGCUUAUAUGUAUUUGUUAGCUAGAUAAUCCUCACUUGCAAGAGUGUUUUGGUCGUGUAAAGUUCUAAAUAAAAUAUGUAGCUCAUACGUGGAAAAAAGUAUUUCACAGCGUAGUUCAUUCUUACAUAUUUGGGUCCCAUCCGAUUUCAAUUGAAUUUCAAUUUCCAGUUAUUUAUUUUACUCCUUAGUAAAGGAUACAUACAUAGGGUCAAAGAGGAAAAUAAUUACCAUUCGAAAAUAAAUAUAUUCCGCAGAAGAAUGCCAUCCUUAAUAUUACCUGCAUUCCUAAUUCUUCUAGAGAUAAUUGCCUUCUCGCAAGUUACAUCGAUGGUCCGAUCACCUCCAUCAAUAAAAAAGGAGCCUCCUAACGACGAGCUUCUUUUCCAAGUCCCCCGAAAAGGCGAGACAGACCAGCCGUUCAUUCUCCAAUGCGACGCAGACGGUGAUCCAGCCCCUGCCUACAGAUGGACGAAGAACGGAAAAGAGUUCAACUGGCUGGAACAAAAUGGUAGGAUUUCACAACGAUCCGGAAGUGGCACGCUGAUCAUCACUGCCCCCAAAAAUGAGGAUGCCGGGAGAUAUCAAUGUUUUGCAAGUAACAAGUUAGGGACAGCCACAAGUAAUUCAGUAAAUGUGAGGAAAGCUCAAAUGGACUCCUUCAACACGGAUGAGGGACCCCUCACCACUACGGCAGAAGAGGGGGCUCCGUUCAAGAUGACGUGCGAUCCUCCAUAUGCAUAUCCAAAGCCUAGGAUCUACUGGAUUUUGAGUACCCCGCAAGGAGCCCUUCUAAGUAUCAACUCGUCUCGGAUGACUGUGGACCCUGAGGGAACCCUCUGGUUUUCAAAUGUAACUCGAAAUGACAGAACCUCCGAGUACUGGUACACUUGUUCCGCCUAUUCAUUAUUCGGAGGUGAAUAUCGACUCGGGAGCAUGGUGUCGUUACAUGUCUUGCACACCAAUAGUUCCUCCACAGCUCCGAGUUUGCAAUACGUCACGGAAAGAAACACUUCGGCCCUUAAGGGAAGCUCAAAGUCGCUUUGGUGCAUCGUGGGGGAACACCCCUGCCAGAGAUACAGUGGACGAAGAAGGGCGCCUUUCUUCCCAUUGAUGUCCAAUUUACUAACUACGGGAAGACGAUGACACUCAACAAUGUCGAUUUUGAAGAUGAAGGAGAUUAUAAUUGUGAAGCCUCGAACGGAGUUGGUUCGCCCAUAUCCUACUCGGUCCACUUGACCGUCAACGCCGCCCCGUAUUUCAUUGUUGCACCAGAAAUACAGAAUGUUGCGAAAGAUAGCAAAUAUUUGUAUUUGCCAGGUCUUGGUAGACUACACUCUUAGAAAUCCAGUGUCAAAAUAAUCCCAAGAGGUACUUAUUCGUGUAUGACUUGGCCAAAGUGGUAUCGAUAAGCAAUACCGUGUAUGUACUACUACCUAAUACUUUCGUACAAAAGUUUGACCAAAUCGGCUGCAAAUUUUACGGCCCGGUAUAAUUUUAAUAAGAAGCUGUAACAACUUUAAUACUAAAAAAUUUAUAGUUUACCAGAUUUCUAAUAGUGUAGUUUGUCCUUAAAUUAAAAAACAAUAAGCAUAAAAAUCAACAUUUUAUCCUUUAUCUAUUUAAUUGCACAGGGGAAACGGUCGAGUUUCAGUGCAACGGGGGAAAACCGGCCCCAGAAAUUAAAUGGGUCCAUAACGGAAAAGAUUUAGCAGAAGCAGAACCUAAUCCAAGGAGAGAGAAAGUUGGAAGUUGAAAGAUUAUUAUUCGAAACAUUGCGCAUUCAGAUAUAGGAAAUUACGGCUGCAACGCUACCAACAUUUACGGAUACGUGUAUAAAGACGUCUAUGUCAACGUGAUCACUCCACCUGCAGAAAGUACCGAACAGUUACCAAAUGUUCCCACGAGGGGCGAUCUGGCAGUGUUGAAUGCAACAUUCCACGAGAUAUUGGAGCGUUUUAAGACAGACGUUAAAAAUUCGGCAGAGCUACUCAAGACCAGGUUGGAUGAUUGUAAAAAUUUCACGGAUAAGAAUCACUCCAGAAGUGACUUAAUCUCCCCAGACAUGGCAGAUCUUGUAGCGUCAGAUUACCGAUUGGGCAUACUAAUUUCGGAAGUUCGAAUGGCAUCUUUAAAUGAGACAUGCCAAUUUGUGAAACAACUUCAAAGGUUUCAGCUGGACCGGGUUGCAAUCUUAGAUGAAAUAAAAAAUAUUAGUUCCACUGUAUUUCAAAGUACGGGCGCCAUCUUGGACGCCUAUGAGGGUUUGAAUUAUAAGGUACUUAAGUAAUGUUUAUAUUUAUGAGAAAUUUAUCAUGGUCGACAAAAUACCUGGUCGAAAUUGUUUGCAGUCGUUAGCAACGAUUUCUAAGGAACCGAUGAAGGCCUGUGGGAAUCAUUCUGAGUCUGCAAACUCCACCAUACGAUAUGAAUAAGUAAUUAAUUCACACUUUCCUAUUUGUCAGGUAUUUUUAAAAGUAUUCAAUUGUUAAAAUAAAAUCAUCUCCUCAAAUUAUCGUUGAUGUUCUUCGUUACAUAUCGUUAAUCAUGAAAGGGCAGCUAUGCAUUAACGGAAAAUCUCAUGAGACAUGUGAAUCGAUAUUUAAUAUUUAUUAAAUAA